CACGCCGGCGCAGGUAAAACCACCUCGGCCGCGACGUAACUAUAGCUACCUACAUUUAGUCUCUACUAUCUAAGUUCUCCCUCGUGAUUAAUUGUCCACGUAUUCCCACCCCCUCUUUUACUUCCUCCAAAGAUCUUUUCCACACCCUACGUAGACUAUGGUAGUCCAAAAGUAGGGCCUCACUAGCCAAGGCAGACACCUACGGUACAUGAAGGGAAACCCCCGUAGAGUGUAGACAUGGGAGGUACCUGUCCAGAGUCUCGAUCGGAUAUACGGCCUGAGGUGGGCCAUUGAGGUUUUUGAAUCGUUCUGGGGGCCCCUCCCAACAUGAGGGAAAUAAAAAGGAAAUGUAUCUCAAUGAGGAAAUUUCCCCAAAGCACGCAAAAGCAGAAAAAGGAAGUUGGCACCUCCGAGGUCCGAGUCAAGCAGUCUCCGAUGCCGAUUCAGGCAAUCAGCACGUCCGUCUGGGCUGGUUACUUCCGUUAUCCGUUCAACCUGUUCCUCCGUAUCAGGGUUCAUCCACGUAUUGGUUAUGACGUAUGGUUACACAGUAUGGAAAGCGCUACCUCAGUUCACUCAGAGGUACCAACUUAUAAUAUGCAAGUUUGGAGGGAACGGUCAAUACGAGGUCAAUACCGUACAGAGGAAAGGGCCCCACUGCAUCUUCUCCAGACCUCUAGCGGCCGGCCAAUGAUCGGCCAGCGCCGCCAGACCCGAUCCAUUCUGGUUCCUUUGGACUGCGUCAAUAAUCCCAAGGGAAAUCCAUGGGGACUAGACUAA